CUCCGCGCCGUCGCGCUGGCGCGGUGUGGCCCUCUGAGAGACCGAGGCCCCCGCUGUUUACGGCGCAGGCGCGGCGGGCCGAGCGUGCGCGCGCAGCCCCGUGGGAAGGCUAACUUGGGGCGUGCGGAGCGCCAGAGCCGGUGGCGGUGGGAUCCUGCCCUCGGAAGUACGCCCCUCUGCCUGGUGUUCCCCAGCGGAUCCUCUGACCCUGGCGGCCCCUCCUGGCGCAGUCUUAGGACUGCAUUUACCCACAUGGCAGCCCUGUUCCCACCACCGCCUGGUCCCAGAUUUGUCCUCCGAGGCACACAGUCAGCUGUGAACACACUCCAUUUCUGCUCACCAUCCCAAGCUGCAGAGAACCCACUCCUCUUCUCAGGGUCUCAGAAUGGCCUAGUACAUAUCUGGAGCCUACAAACAAGAAGAAUAGUUGCCACUCUAAAUGGCCAUGGAGGCCAGGGUGUAAUCUGGCUGAAGACACUGCCACAGGGACACCAGCUCCUCAGGGUCGAGACCUGCGGCUGUGCCUGUGGGAUUUGGCAGAGGGCAGGAACACCAUCAUGGACUCAGUUCAGCUGGACAGUGUGGGCUUCUGCAGGAGCUCCAUCCUGGUCAGGGGACAGCAGUGUUGGAUGCUUGCUGUGCCAGGGAAGGGCAGCGAUGAGGUUCAGAUUCUGGAGAUGCCAUCCAAGACGUCAGUGUGCACCCUGAAGCCGGAGGCCGAUGCCAGGCCAGGCAUGCCCAUGUGCCUGGGGCUGUGGCAGACUAACUCCAGUCUCCGCCCCCUCCUUCUGGCUGGCUAUGAGGAUGGAUCGGUAUCCCUGUGGGACAUCUCAGAGCGGAAGGUGUGCAGCCAAAUCACCUGCCAUGAAGAGCCUGUCAUGGGCCUCGACUUCGACUCUCAGAAGGCCAAGGGCAUCUCUGGCUCUGCUGGGAAGGUGCUGGCUGUCUGGAGUCUGGACGAUCAGCAGUCCCUGCAGGUGAAGAAGACUCAUGAACUCACCAAUCCUGGGGUUGCCGAAGUCACCAUCCGGCCAGACCACAAGAUCUUAGCCACGGCAGGCUGGGACCAUCGCAUCCGUGUGUUUCACUGGAGGACAAUGAAACCAUUGGCUGUUCUGGCUUUCCACAGCGCUCCUGUGUACUGCGUGGCCUUUGCUGCUGAUGGCUCGCUUGCUGCGGGAUCCAAGGACCAGCGUAUCAGCAUCUGGUCACUCUACCCCUGCCCGUGACUUAGCUGUGGCACACUGCUGUUUCACUCCAGUCUUGACCCAGCCCCGUGGAAGCUCUUCAAGUCCCUCUGAGGACAGCAAAUGGUGGCCAAAGGUCCGUGGGAUCCACUUUCUUUAUGAGGUUCCCUGUUCGUUUUGUGACUGUCAUCCAGAUGAUGACACCUGGCACCUAUAGCUUGGUAACAGGCAUGGUUUAGACCUGGUAGGGUGGCCAGACUAAAGAUAUUUGACAAUAAAUUUCCCAUUGCCAACCUGAAGCCUCAAGGUGGGAACUUCCCCCACAGAUCUCUCUGUGUUCUGUCAUAGAGUAGAGCAUUCAGCCUGCCCAGCAGGCCCGUCAUCAGCCUUACUCAGAAGCAGUGGUUCUGGGUACAGGUACUCAGCACUUGGCCUCGGGAGGCUGCCAAUCCCACAGUGGUUAUCUGCCAUACCCUUUGGCACAUUACCCCAGACAUGUUCAGGGACUCCUGAUAUCCAGGACUCGGGUCAGCAUGAGGAAUGGAUGAAACUGGGCUUCUUAAAGAGGGAGGCAAGAAAGAGUUAAUAAUGGGGUGACCAAGGUGGUCAGGGAAGGGAGAGAUGUGUAGAAUGCAGUAUAAGGCCAGGAAAGGAGGCUCUAGCCUCUGACAGGAUAAGGUAAAGGGAUAGCCUGUCUUCAGUGAACAUGCAGAAGAGAAGGGAAAGCGCCCGCGACAGGCCACAAGGCGGACCUUCUGUAGUGCCCAGGCUGCAAGCACAGCCGUGUGCUAUAUGGAGUAACAAGGCCUUGAGAGUCAGGAGUGAGCGCCUGUUGCCUCUUUUCAUGUGGCCGACAGGGAAGCAGUCUCCGAGAUAGUGCUGACCAGGGAAGUGGACUGUAAAGGUGAUGAUGCAGAUAAGGAGCAUGGACCUUGAACCUUUCUCCUUCCAUCACUGCCAGAAAGAAUCCUUUGCCCCGAAGAGCUGGGGUGCCCCCAAGUGCUGCCCUGCCAGGCACUGCUGACUUAGAAUCCCUUUGGGCCUCUGGUCUGUAACUAAACACUACACAUAGCCUGCUGAGGCUGAAUGUGUUUAUGUUGAAAGUGUCACAGUUCAGCCUGGUGUCCCCAAGCUGGGGAGCACAAGUAGAAGGCCAGGAAAGGAGUGUGUGGUCCAGGUGAAAUACAUACAUCAAGAACUAUGGCUCGCAGCCACAGCGCCAGGGCCCAAGAGAGCUGGUUGAAUUGAUGGUAAGUUAGUUAGACACAGUUGAAACGAUGGGAACUGUGUCUAACUAAUAUGCGUGGGGAGCUGAGGAGCCAGGUGAAGGAAGGGAUCCAGCAGUUGGAAGAUUGGAAUGUGGCCUGUUAGGGUUGAGUUGAGAGGAUGUGCCUUUUGCCCCAUACUGAGUUAGGCAGUUGCGGGGGAGCAUCCUCAGAGGGCUUCGUGGUCGCGCCUCUCUGUACACCUGUGAAGGAUAACGACUUGGUGGUAAGCACAUGCACACAGGAGGCCCUGGCUCCAGCUAAGACCCUGGGUGUCACAACUGCAGCUCCCAGCUUGGGAUCUCUAACUGGAGUGGGGAUCACUAGCUGCCCUGGUGGGAGUGCUCCCCGUUAUAGGCUAUGAAUUGGGAGCAGUCCUCAGCAGAACCUGACCAGGAGAGCUCUGUGACGAGCUGGCUUUCCUGGAGUCCCUAGAAAUGGCAUGGAUCCACUUGGUCCACGUAGGCAGAAGCAGUAGCGAGCAGGUCAACCCAGGUCACAGGCUCAGGCUUCUUCAGUCCCUUUGAAGGAAGUAUCACCCUGACACUGCUCAUCCUUCUCUCAGAAUCCCCCAGGGGGGCUGCCACCACCGAGUGCUCUAUUUUAUUACCCUGGGGCGGGGGCAUGGGUAGGUUGGUUGAAGGGAAAUUGGUGAGCCCAUCUCUGAGUGGGAAAGAUAACCGAGUUCUUGUCUGUACCCAAACCCUGGUGUGAUAUCCAGGCAGCACGGAGCAAUGCUGUCCUGUGGAGUGCUCUAGUUGUCUUUUACCAACACUUUUGGAGAUGACCUCAAGCCUGUGUAGAUCAAUGUGACUGCCUCAGGAAGCCCGGGACUGGAAGUGUCAUCUCACACUAGCUCUGUCAAACCUUCCCCACCCCUUCCUUACCACACACCAGGAGGCCCCAUCUGUACAUGAGCUGGUGGUAUAUAGCUGUUUCCUCCACUGUGGACCAUUCUCCCCUCCUUCCAAGGAAGGAGGCAUGUAAGACUCAGUUCUGAGAUUCUCAGGCCCCCUGCCCACAGUUACAAAAGGCAGUAACAAUUGCUGGGGGGAGGAAGCUCUCCAGUGGACUGUCUGCAAGCUUAGCCAGGAGCUCCAGGGACACAGCUGCUGCGAGAGAACCCCAGGACUGACCUGGGUGACGUCAGAUGCCUUAGAGCCACCUAUGCUCCUGAAAGUUACCCAAAUAAAGUCAUUGGUUCACUA